GAUGGAGGGUCUACAUACCCACACACUUUCAACACUUUAGUGCAGUUUGUAUAACUCUGACCCUCAAGGCCCUACUUCACGGUGGCAUUAUGUCACUAUUUCGCAUCUUUCUUCGUCGGGUCGCUAGAUGCCGCAUGAUCGCGACAGUAUUCAGCAUUGUUACACGGUCGUGAUCAUGCGACAUCCAACGUCACGAACGAGAAAAACACGAAAUUCAGUCAUAAUGUCACCGUGAAAUACGGCCUUUAUAGAGUACUUAUAAAAACCGCACUAUAGAUGGCUCCUAUCAUAUGUUGACAUUUGUGUCCGGAGAGUAUUUUCGUGUCUGCUCUGUGCUGCUUGAUAUAAAUAAAUGGGCGCGGGCGGGCCGCAGGUGCACUUUGACAAUACAUUAAAAUUGUUUAUUUUGUGGACGUUAUGUGAAAAUUGAGUUGAAUUGGAUGAAAACGCUAAGGGUAACACGCACUGUAACCUGUCAUGUCAUCAAAACAAAUCCACCAAAAACUACAAAAAUAUUUUCGGUUCAGUGGCCUUUUUAUAAAUAAUACCAAAUAUUCCUAUUAGGCCUUAUUUAAAAAGAAUGAGUAUCUCCUUUGACCAAAUUAAAGUAGAAUUUCCCAGUGCAUGUGCUUGUGGUGAAGUCACAUGUUUCUAUUGUUUUGAAGACACCUUCAAUGCCCAAAAGUACAAUGGGGAAACUUGUAACACUGUUGAUGAAACAAACUGUGUUCAAAGAGAAUUUGGGAACUUGGAAGUUAGCAAAGAAAUUGAAAGUACAACAAAUAUGAGAGAUGAAAAUUUAACAGAUAUUAAAAAGGAAGUGGAUUAUGAAAGUUUGCAUAGUGAUGUAGGAGUUGACAAAACAGUUGAGAAAUAUGGAAUGAUCAAACAUGAACAUAAAAGUGUUAUAUCAAGGUGUUCAUCAGAAAGGAAAAUAAAAUUGUAUCAUGAAAAUUACCAAGAUACCAAAGUAGCUGUUCCUCUGUUCUGGAAGUUUGUAAAUAAAUGGUGUACACCAGAAAGUCUUCAGAGUGCAACAAUUAUUGAAAUUGCUGCUUUAAUGCAACCUCUUGGACUGAAUGUGAGAAGGGCUAUUCAACUGAAAAGGUUUACUUAUGAAUUUCUUCACAAAAACUGGUGUUACCCCAGAGAAUUGACAGGCAUAGGUCAAUACGGUGAUGAUUCUUAUAGGAUAUUUUGUGUCAAUGAAUGGAAGGAUGUUAAACCAAAGGAUUCAAAACUUAAAAAGUAUAUUGCAUGGCUAAUGGCAAAUAAAGAUAUAUUGGACAUUACAUAAUUUUUGUUAUUGAGCAAUUUAACUUCAGGAAAUUGAAUCUCCCAGAUGGCGAUUUUGCUCAGCGAAAGCAGGAUCGCAACAGGUGCCGGGUGAAUGGAGCAAUUGUGGGCAGACACAUGCUCCCAUCCUUACAAAGGCGCCAAUGUGUCUACUAGUGAUACAGAAGACGCGCUCCAACGCGCCUGGUCUCGAGGGCGCCACGCAAAGACGUCCGCUCAGGUCGAUAGUGUAAGUGAGCUGCCGUCGGGAGACACGUCGGCAGUUUUUUCAGUUUUCCCCUCUUCAGCAA